AUGUGUGCACUUUAUUGUGAGCCGACUUUUCGAGAUUUCGGUGUUCAUUGGUUCGGCCAACGUGGAUUUGGCGGGUUAUUAGAAGAUUAUUCUAAAAGAACUGAUGGUAAAAGUAUUUGGAUUCCUCAAUAUAAUUUACAAGCAUAUUGGAGGUAAUUUAUUUUGACUCAUAUUUAAAUAUAACACUACCUUUAUUUUUAGGCGUUCGAUUCCUCCAAUAAGUGUUGGUUUUGUUGAACCAUUAAUCCCAGCAAGAUUGAGAAAUUCGAAAUUUGAUAGACUUCCUGGAAGUUUUUCUCAUAAAACUCCGCCAUAUCUUCUUGAAAAUAGGAAUUUGUUAGGAACGAAAUAUUCUGAAGAUGAUAAAAUAGUUGAAAUCUGGACUGUGAAUGAAAGAUCGAGAAGAAAUUGUGUGGAGAAAUUCGAUUUGAAAAUUGAUGAAAAAGGAGAAAUUAUUGGAGAUAAUUGGUGUGAAGAUGAAAAUAAUAAAGAAUGGAUUAUUGAAAAUGAUACUGUUCUUGAAAUAAGAAAAUCGAAAUGGAAAGAAAAGGAUUCGAUGUGGAUUCGAACUACAGAAAGUCUCAAAUUUCUACAAGCAGAUAUUCAACAGACCAUUUUCAAAUCUUCUGUCAAAAAUUUCAGUGAAAGUUAUUCGAUUCUUGGCGAAUUUUGUGUGAUUGAUUAUGGUGGAAUGAUUUGGUUGGGAGAUUUAGAAGAAGUUGGUGGAAAAUUAAGUCGAUUAAAAAUUGAAAAUAAAGAAGAUGAUGGAAAUGUAUUUGAACAUGUUGCUUGGUGUAAUCAUCCGAGACAAAUUGCAUUUUCAACAAAAUAUAAAUUGAAUAUAUUUGAUAUAAGGACAAAAGAUGAUAUUUUAUCAUUAUUUCAAACAAAACAAUUUGAUGCGAGAAAACAAGAUGAGCCAAUUCUUAUUCAGGAAAAACCCCCAGAUCGAGAAACUGUUAAACAUAUUCGACAAUUAAAUAAAAGCACUCAUAAUUUUAUAGUUUUAACUAAUCAUUCUCUAUAUUUACUCGAUGAUCGAUUCCCAAUGAAUCCAGUUGUCACAAUUAAUCAUACAUUCAAUCCACAUUCAAUUAUAAUAUCUGAAAAAGGGUGUAAAGAAGAUGAAGGAGAGGUAAAUUUUGAAUAAAAACAUAACUGUUUUUAUUAAUUUUUUUUCAGAUUUCAUCAAUAUUUGCAAUCGAUCAAUUGAUUCCUGCAAUUUAUCACUGUAAAUUAUAUAAACAUAAAACUGAAGUAUGGUCAGAUGUAAAUGGAUUUGUUAAAUUGGAUCAAAUUGAUUCUUUCAAUUCCACUUGUAGAAGAGGAAAAUUUGCGAAUAAAAAAUCGGUAAGUUUUUUAAUUUCACAAACAAAAAAUCAUGAAUUUUUACAGAUUCGAAAUGAAUAUUCUCGCGCAAUUUCGUUGGUUGAAGGAAUUAUUGAUCGAAAACAAAACGAAAGUUGUAUUUUAUUGCGGCAAGCUGAUGAUGGAUCAAUUUGGAGCCAGAAAUUCGUCAAUAAAACUAUAAAUGAGAAAAAAAUUAUGGAAAAAGAGCAGAAAAGUUGGAAACGGGUUAAAAGUUAUAUUGAGAAAUGUGAUAAUGUUGAACCGGUUUAUGUUGUGGAUUUUGACAAAGAAUUGAGAUGUGAUGCAAAGGAAGAAAGGUUUGUAAAAAAUGCUCUAUUUUUAAAUUCAAAUAUAAUGCGAUUUUUCAGAAUUGCUGUAUCUAUCGAUGGAAAUCUAGAGAAAAAGAUUGUUCGAAAACUAAACACAAAAUCAAAUGAUGAAAUGCGAAGAGUUGGAGGUCUUCAUUUUGAAUCAACUUCUUCUUCUUCUUCUUCUUCUUCUUCUUCUCGAAAUACUCCUAAAAACCUUGAAUCAUUCAAUCAUAUUUUAUCAAAAGUUGUUAUGGAUGCUUGGAAAUAGCAAUCUAAAAAUGCUUAUUUGUUUAUUUUGUAAACUUUUGUUGAAUUUUUGCAGCCUCUUUUGUUGUUGUUGUUUUUUUCUGUGUUCUCUUUCAUUUGUUUUGGCGACAGAAACUACCUUUAUAUCAGAUUUAUUUUUUUUUUAAUUUUAUUAUUUUCAACUUGUUAUUCCAGGAAAAGUAUGCGGUUUUCGUGGUAGUCAUGCUUGUGAUAAUAGCGAUUAUGACGUGGCAAAUUUGGCACAAACAUAUAGCGCGUUGUUGAGUUUGGUUAUUUUGGGCGAUGAUUUAUCGAGAGUUGAUCGAACUGCCAUUUUGGAAACGAUUCGGGGAUCACAGAGAGAAAAUGGAUGGUGGGUUUGAGAACUUUUAACAUUUAUUUAUUUAUUUUUGAUUAUAUUAAUUAGAAAACUUGUUGAUGUUAUUUUCGAACUUUACAACUUUUUGACUCAUCGGUUAAUUAAUCCCCUCUUUUUGCAGUUUCUGGAGUCAAGAUGAAGGAUCGGAAAGUGAUAUGAGAUUUGUGUUUUGCGCCGUUGCAGUUUGUCAUAUUUUACACGACGAAACAGUUAUUGAUUGGAAAAAAUUGGGAGAUUUUAUCAAAAAAUCAGUGAACCUCGAUGGAGGAAUUGGACAAGGACCAGGAGAUGAAAGUCAUGGUAAUUGUAGCAAAAUAUUAUUUUCUGUAAAAUAAUUCAAAUAUUUGUUUAUAGGAGGCUCGAUUUUUUGUGCAGUUGCCAGUUUAUCUUUGUCGAAAUCGUCUUUGGAAUGA